CGGGGAUUUUAAACUAAUCCAGCACUAGUCAGGUGGGUGGUGAAAGUGUACCGAAUGUCAAGGAUCGAUGAGUACUCGUCGCAUGAACUGGGGUCAGAGGGUAUCUCGAGUGGUACCGGAUUCAGUGCAUGGGUGGUUUGCCAGUUUGCCAAGGACCGAUCUGCUGAACAUUUGUUGGCUAUCGGUGAUGAAAACGGCUUUAUUCAUUUUUUGGAUGUUCGAGAAGAAGCUAUAACAAAUUCAAUUUCUGCCGAUCGAAGUUGUGUAAUCGAUGUGUCAUUUGUUGCAAAUCGGCCGAAUAAUUUAAUCUCCAUAUCUGGUCACGCAAAGGUGACAUCAUGGGAUAUUGAGCGACAAAUUGCGCUGCAGCAGUUUUUGGGUCAUGAAGGUUCCGUCCGCGCUCUUUCUGUACCAGACGAAAAUCCUGAUCUUUUUGCAACAGGAGCUCGAGAUGGAACAAUUUGCAUAUGGGAUCGACGAGAACCACAAGCCACCGUUGUGCGUCCCUUCAAUCUUCUGGAAAAUACACAUCCUUUACUGGCUCCUGAACGUCAAAAUAUUGGAACAAAGCGAAGAUCGCGUAUGUCAGUUUCGACAAGUUCAAAAGGAAUCACUUCUUUAGUACAUUAUAAUGGAAACACCUUAAUAUCAGCAUCUUCGUCUUUCAAAACGGGUAUUCGGUUUUGGGAUCUCCGUUAUCGUGGCAAAAAUGGCCCAUUUCGUAUUCUUGACGAUCCAAAUAGUAUUUUAGUUCGUGAUUUCGGUAUUGCUUCGAUAUGUCUUGAUCGCUUCAGCUCAUCACUUUUUGUUGCAUCCACAGACUCAAAAAUUUAUCAGUACAGCGUUCAAGGGUUAAAUAACGCACCAGUUGGCAUUUUGCAAGGAGUCAAGCGAACGUCUUUCAACACAUAUGAUUUUAGAAUUGCUGCUUCGCCAACUUCUGAUCACGUAAUGUUUGGAGGUGGUGAUUGCUUCGCUGUUAUCUGGGAUUUACAGGAAAAAUAUUCCAAUUCUAACACGAGCAAAUUGAAGUAUUUGCCUUACCCGAAAUACACAUUAGGUGGCCACCGCUAUGAGGUUACCGUUGCGAGAUUCAGCAGUAAUGGACGUUAUAUUGUUACGAUGGAUGAUUCGUAUUUGAAAAUUUGGAAUUGGAGUGCGAGAAAUUCUAAAAAUCAAUCUCCAAUCACAAUGCACCAGGAUUGUGUUGAAUUGUAUGAAUUGCCUGAAACAGCCAGGGCUGAAAUGUCAAUGAAGCAAUUAAAUGUGUCAGUUUCAAUCCCAAAGAAAAAUACGGAACGGAGUCCCUUCAAAAGUCCAUUUAAAAGUCCUCUAAACCGGGUUGAUGUGGAAACAAAAAAUGGAAGUGAGUCGCCGGUGAAAAAAAUGUUCAAGGUCACGGAAUCGAUAUCUCCACCACUCUGUGAUCUAACUAACAAAUCAAGCCAUGCGGCACGAAAACUUGAUUUUUCCGGAAUCGAGACGAAGAGCCGAGUUCCAUGUGCUUUUUACUUCAAGUAUCCAACGAUGAAUUUGCCAGAUUUCGUCAAGGAAAAACUUGCAGCGUCGAACGUGAAUUCAGAGUCGCAAACGACCAUAUUAGAAGAAGGAAGAAGUCCAGAACUGGAUGAACAUUCAUCGAGUUCCGAUCGGCCAUCAAACUGUUCAAAUAUGAUUUCGAUGAAGGAGCGUGUCGAUCGCACAUCUCCUCGUAAAAUUCGCGUUAAACAAAGUUUACAUAAACCACGUGAACGUAUUCAUCGGCAGUCAACACCAAAAAUGCCAGUGAAAUCUCGCACUGAUUUACAAAACUUAAGGCAGAAUUUGCGGUCUCAGAAUCCUUCAACUGAUAUACACCAAUUAACACCGAAAUCAAGGAAAAAGAGUGGAACACAACGAACACUCGAUCAGUAUUUUAUCAGAACACCACGAACUUAUUAGCUUUAUUUUUCUGCAUUUUCUUGCAGUAAUGUGUGGUACUGGCA